CCCGACUCCAAAUUUUGUAUAAUGUCUAUUACCUAUCACUUUCUCUCUCCUUUUACUUGUUAACUCUUGUUCUUAUCGUUUGUCUCACAUGUGGUAGAAUAUAGGAAUCUACAAACUCUUCAAAUUUCGAACCAUUACUCCAGAUCUCUAGAAAUCGUAGGAACCAGAUAAGGAAGUUAGCAGUUUCAACACUAGGGAACAUUGAAAGAAACGAACAUGUCAGAAGUGAACUCUAGAUAUCGACGAAUAUGAUCACACCGAAAGCAAAAGAAUUUAGGGAAAUCAUAUGGGAUAUAAUGCCUUAAAAGAAUCCAAACAUAUAUGUAUUAUAUGUAUGCAUAAAUGCUGAAUGGUGAUUAAAGAAAACAAAUGAAAAGCAGUGGGAAUAAAGAAAGGAAUCACUAAACAUAGUGGGUUUGAAUUAAGUAAGAGUUUAAUAUUGAAUUGGUGACUCAAAUUAUCAUUAUAACACCUUAUAAUAUAGCAGAGAUUCACUGCAACUGUUAGUGCCAAGUAGUGGUGGAGGGGACCAACCAAGAAGGUGCUCACCAGGGGCACUCAGCUGAGACGGACCAGCGCUGUCUUGGUACCUGUGCUGAGCGGCGCAAAGGCAAAGCUGUCGGAAGCUGCCAUGGCUUAGACAAAAGAGUACUCUGAUAUAUAAAACAACCCUUUUUUUUUCCCUUUCUUUCCUUUUGUUUGCAGGUGUGGGAGAGAGAUGGAAGGGGGAGAUUGGCUCUGCUAUUAUAAAAAUAUGCACAAACUCACGUGGAAGAUGAUGAUAUGUGAGAAUCGAAGUCAGCAUUCAGUUGAGGGUGUUUGUUCUUCAAAAAAGUUUGAAUUUUGUGCAUCGACAACCAAUGAAAGGGAGCAGUUGGGGUAGCUCUUUGUAGUUUUGGGCAUGUCUAAAUGUAAAGUAUAGCUUCUGAUUGCUACCAACACAGCACUCAAUUAUGAAACCAUUUCUUGACCUUGAAAAGGAGCCUUCUUUGGCAAUUGAUUCUGACAUAAGUAGCCAAGUUGCUUCCAACAUUUCCCUCCAUGAAAAUUCUGAUGAUAAUAGCCUCAUAACUAACUCCUUUCUUGCUAACCCCGUUGCUGCUCAACCAGGAUUCAAGUCGGUUUGCCUCGACUUGACUCUCAACUUUAACAUCGAAGAUCUCGAAACUCGGGAUUCGACAGGAUUUUCUUUGUCAAGCACAAGUGAGAGUAGCAAUGAACCAUCUUGCCACCCCACAGCAGCUGCUGCUAUCCCAAGAGUGUUUUCUUGCAACUUCUGUCAGCGCAAGUUCUUUAGUUCACAAGCUCUUGGCGGGCACCAGAAUGCGCAUAAGCGCGAGCGAACCUUGGCGAAACGGGCAAUGCGUAUGGGGAUUCUAGCAGAAAGAUAUGCAAAUCUAGCAUCUCUACCAUUGAAAGGGUCAUCAUUCAGGUCCUUGGGGAUCAAAGCACACUCUUCACUACUUCAUGGAUUUACUGCACCAAUGAAGCCUACUGAUAUCGGAAGCAGUGCUAGAUUCGAACCGGGUCAUAUAGGCAUGCCGAUUUUCUUGGACGACGAUGAAGCGGAGGUUAUGUGGCCAGGUAGUUUUCGUCCAAUGGCAGAAACUAGAAACACUCCUGAACUAACUCAACCAAGUUUCAUACUAACUGGUAUUUCAAGAAUAAGCUCAAUGGAUAAAGUGUCGUUGGAGGACGUAGAAGACUCGACGCCUGAUCUCACGCUCAAACUCUAAGAGGCUUCUUUGAUGAGGGAUUCAUCAUCCUAUUUCUCUAUUGUUCUCUGUGUAUAGUGACUCACAUAUGGAGGGUUUGAAUCAAACACUUUACUCCAACUUAGCUUUUCCUUUUGAAGUAAACUACUUGUUAUUAGUGUUUGCUGUGGGUUUGAUAUCAGUAAUUUUCCUUGUUUAAGAGCUCCUUUAGAAGCAUUUUGGUGCCUUCUAUUCCUUUUUCUGCCAUAAGCAUGAGGCUCUUAUGUUUAAGUAAUACAAGUGCUCUAUGAUUUAUCUGACC